CCAGCGACUCGUCGGCAGAGCGGAGCGGAUUGCCUUCUAAACCACUUCCUGUCCUGGAGCAGCCAUCCAAACAGGCAACAUGUGUAAGGGGUUCGCGGCGUUGCCGGCAACAUGCUUGAAGAGUGCAAAAGAUAUCAAGCAUAAAAUUGGAUUUUUACUUCAGAAACCAGAGAUUCAGCAACAUCCGAGUGCAGACAACAGCAAGGAGGAAAAAGCCACUGAAAUACAGAGAACUGAUCCAGCAGAAGUUAAAAAGUGGGCAGAAUCCCUGCACAACCUUGUCAGUAAUGAAGGUGGUUUGUCAAUUUUCAAGACUUUCCUUAAGACGGAAUUCAGUCAGGAGAAUAUUGAGUUCUGGAUGGCCUGUGAAGAGUACAGGAGAAUCACAUCCAAGGAAACGCUGACCUCUAAAGCCUGGGAGAUAUAUUAUACAUACAUGGAUGUGAAAUCGCCAAAAGAGGUAAACUUGGAUGCAGUGACCAGGGAAGACACCAAGAGGAAUCUGAAGGAUGUUGGUCCUUCAAGCUUCGAUGAAGCACAGAAGAAGAUCUUCUUGCUGAUGGAGAAGGACUCCUAUAGACGUUUUAUAAAAUCCAACCUGUUCUUGGAUCUCUUACAGCAACCUGAAAAGAGGAAACCUAGUGAUGCCAAGAGAAGAGGAUGGAAAAACAUGCCCAACUUUAUAUACAUGCCUCAGCGAGUGUAAAACUUGUUGAACCCUUCAUGUCUCUUCUGCUUUCAAAGCCAUGGGGAUAGUUUAGUCUUAUAAGUAUGUAUCAUAGUUGGAAAGAGAAACGUUUUGAGAAAUAUUCAGUAGAAGAGAAUGUUCAUGUCAGGGAUGAGAGGAACAUAUACAGACGGAAUAUUGUGUCCCAGCAUGGUCAUCUAGGACCAGUAUGGUUAUAUUGUUACAAUAUUCAGCUAGAAAGUGGAUAUUUCCUUUGGUCAAAUAAAAUAAUCUCAAAGCAGAGUCAACAAUGCUGCCACAACAUAAGCAAUCUGGAUUUCACUCAAGUAAAUAAAAAGACCCGAAGUCUAAUAAGGAAGAGGCCUUUGACAAGACGGACUGUUCUACUUCUCCAUGUGUUUUGAGACUUUUAGAUGAAAGGGCCUUUAAUGUAAAAAGUCUGUUUUGCCUCGUUUUAUUUUGGCAGACAAUCUCCUACCACAAUUCUGGCAAAGUACUGUUAAUCUUCCUUACCUUAACUUUCACUUAAUGUUAUUUAGCGUAUUGGCUCUAUUAUUUUCUAUUAUUCACAUACUAAAAAUGAACCUGACCUUGUCUUUAUAUAACAUUGCUUGUCCUUUGUUCCUGUAGAUUUUAAUUCAAUCUUCAUCAGCUGUACCAAUGACUUUUGUUUCGAAGUUUGGUCCAGAGCAAAUAAAUGCAUGCCAUAUAAGUAAUUUUGUUGCUUUGUGAUGUAAUUUAUACAUACCUGACACUAUUCUCUAAA